CAUGAGACUACAAGGCCCGGGAUGCACCGCGGUGGAGAGAGCCGGAAGAGGGCGGAGUCACUAUCGGCUUUCUGACAGACGCUUUCAGGAAGUGCUUGAGGAGGAUCCAGCCUCACAUGUGUGUGUUCAGACGCUGAGAUCAGCUUCCGGCAGACGCUUGUGGCCAUCGAGCGAGAGCACAAUAGAACAAAACACACAGGAAGAGAGAAAAGAGAGUCAGACGGAGGAAGUCACUGCAGAAGGAGCAUGACAGAGUUCUGGGUGUGUUUCAGCUGCUGCGUCGCUGAACAACCGCAGCCUAAGCGGAGGCGGAGGAUAGAUCGUUCUAUGAUCGGAGAACCCACAAACUUCGUUCACAUGACACAUGUGGGCUCCGGAGACAUGGGCUUGAGCUCAGGACAUGUGGACUCGGUGCAGACGCAGAUGAAGUCUAAAGGAGGUUAUGGGAACGGCACACCGGCGAGCGUCCAGGGCUGAUCGGGUGACGUCCAGCACAGAGAGAGUCCACAAGCCUCUCACAUCUAGUUUAAGCUCCUGGGACCCAGAAAGAAGACGUUAGAUUUCAAGGAAUUCCUCGGAGAACCUGCACGUCACAGUUUUAGUCUGAGCACAGUCGAUCAGAAACACUCUCUCUCCUGCUGACAUUAGUAUAGUGAUCAAAUUCAA